AUGCGUCAAAGCUCAGGGUCCGACACGAAGCCUAAAGCCGCCUAUCGCAAAUCCAAGGUGAAGUCUGGCUGUCGUACAUGCAAGACACGCAAGGUCAAGUGCGAUGAGGGAAGACCUGCCUGCAAACGAUGCGUGACUACGGGCCGAGUCUGCGACGGCUAUGGCAUCUGGGGUGGAGGAGGCAAUCAUUAUGCUGAUCGAUCUGAUAAAAGGCAAUCAUCUCUAGUUCUACAACCAAAGACACCUGCUCCCCUAGGACCUGGAACGGUGGAUCAGGAGCAUCGCUUCGAGUGGUUCUUGUGUCGCACUACCCUCAAGCUCCCCGGCGGUUUCGUCUCUGGGUUUUGGAAAGUACUUGUACUUCAGGCCAGCUUGGCCGAGCCAGCUGUACUGCAUGCAGCUCUCGCAUUGAGUGCGGCACAUCAGAACGAGCCUUAUAAAGGCAUUCGAGACCGAGGCGAUGCAUCUGUGAUCCUAGAUCCGGAAGAGCGCUUCGUGUUAACCCACUACACGAAGGCAAUCAGCCAUCUCCAACCACAUCUCGCCGUCACUGAGAAAUCAUCCUUGCGAGUGGCAUUGAUAACGUGUCUACUGUUUACGUGCACCGAGUUUCUCCGUGGCCACUAUGUGUCGGGUAUCUCCCAUCUACAUAACGGGAUCAAGGUGCUUGAAACAUUCAAGUUUGCACCGAAGUCCACGGGUACCACGCCGCCGCCCUCAUGGAAUUUUAGUGAUUAUUGGAUUGUGGAGACCUUCGCAAGGCUCUAUAUUGGAUCUUGUCUUUUCGGUCAGAGCUUUCCCGGACAUUGCCCCGUCAUUCCCGACUGGACUGUCGGCUUCCCUGAUGUAAUGUUCCACAACAUCGGACAAGCUAGACACAGUUUGGACUGGUUGCUAGAAGAAACACUUGUUCUUGAACAGCAAGCUCGCAACACUCGAACAGCCUUUAGUGAUGAGGAUCUUCACCUUGUCGACUUUACUGAGAGAAAAGAGCACGUGAAAUCAAAUUUCGAGUCCUGGAAAAGAACGUACGAGAUUGCAAGCGCAAAUUUUGAUACUCAAGACACCUUUUUGGACCCCCUUGCACACAAAUUGCUCCAGGCAUACUACCCCAUGGUUGAAAUCAUGGCCGCAAGGUGUACAGAAUCCUGCGAAUUAAACUAUGAUGCUCACGUCGGGGAUUUCCUCGCCAUUCUGGCUCGAGCGUUGGCCAACUUCAAGAUAGGCAGGUCCCACGCACUAGCAAAGGCAUUAAACGAGCAAGGAAUGUCCCUCUCUCGUUCCAUAUCUGACAUGGGAUCCAUACCGUCUCUUUAUUACGUUGCAUUGAAAUGCCGAGUCCGUCGGAUCAGGCACCACGCCCUCAAACUCUUGGCAUUAUGUUCCCAUAAAGAAGGGAUAUGGGAUGCAAAAAUUGUCACCAAAGUUGCCAGGGAGGUAGUUAGGAUUGAAGAGGAUGGCUUCUACCAGAACCACAUGUUAUCGGAUGACUUUGACGACUAUUCUCUCCCUACCGAGGAAGAGAUAGUACUGCCAACACUACCGGAGUCGCAGAGAGUCAAUCACGUGCAAGUGACGUUCCCAGAUGAUACGUCGGGGAGUCUCGUACUGGAAUGCCUGCGGAAGCGCGAUGACGGAGGCUGGUAUGUCUUGACGAGGAUAUUCGACCCAAUUGCCCAGAUGUGGAAAAGCCCACGAGACGUCAAGGGCUUUAAUCCAUUGAGCCAAGUCUGA